AUGAGCGCCCCAGAUGAUGAGGUGUCUGUUUCGGGACCGGGUUUCGGCUCAGAGUGCGGAGAGCAGACCAGCGGCCUUGAGGCCGGCUCCACAGCCCCGCGGGGACCCGGCCCCGGCCCCGAGCCAGGGGCACCGCGAAGCGGCGAGGGUGAGGGCGGGAAUGGCUUCCCAGACGCUGAGGGCUUCGAGUCAGAGCGGGAGGUGCUGGAAGCGGGAGGGCCUGUGCUGCGGGGCCGCGAAGGCCGGCCUGGCUCCCUGGCUGACGACCAGGGGGACGCCCUGCAGCUGGCUGACAAGUCAGUGGCGGCCAUCCUGCAGCAGCUGACCGACCUGAACCUGCUGGACACCCGCAGAUACCUGUUCCAGGAGAGCUACACGGUUGGUGAAGUGGCUGCUUUCUGGGACCUCGAGGCGUGUCCCCCCAGUCGAGGCGGUGCCCCCCAGAGGUGUGGGGAAACCACACAGGCUGAGGCCAUCCCUCUCCGGGUCGGCGGGCCCAAGGCGGGCCGGGCCUGCAGGAGGGCUAAGAGAGGCACUAAGAGUAGGUUGAACGUGGCUGUGGAUCGCCAGUGUCCUCCCUCAGAAAGCCCAGUGGGGCUGCUGUCUGAUCCCGAGUCCUCUGAUGAGUUCAGUGAGAUAGAGCUGAUGAGGGUGAGCAUUUAUCCCAAAGACGGAGGCCAGGCCAAGCUCAACAGACCCGAGGACCCCGGCAACACACCCAGAUGCUCGAAUAUCCAAGGCAGGGAGGAUCUCCUUAAUGUGUCAGGCACUUGCCUGUCCUUGGCGCCGCCAGGAUUAAUUUCGGUUGUGGAACAGCAGGGCAGGCAGGGCGAUGCAGAGCAGGAGGAUGCCUCUCCCACUAAGAAAAUGCAGAGUGUGCCCUGGGGGAAAGGGGGCAGCCUGCCCAGCUCCCCGAGAGUAGCAUCAGCUCCUGCAGCUGCCGCUACAGGCAGCGGGCCGUGGCCCACUCCUAGGAGGAAGGGGGUCCAAGAGAAGAAAUCCCUUGGGGGCGUCUCCAAACCUGCCGUGGGGAGAACCUUCCCUUCCUGGGGGCAGGGAAUCUCGGCCACUCCCCUGGAACCGGCCACCUUCCCCCCAAUCUCCGGCAUCCCGCUGCUCGGGAAGUCCAAGAAGUAUGCCUUGGUCCUUUGGGGAGCCGAAGAGUCCAAGCACACUGGCGCUGGGAAGAAACCCGUGGCUAGGUGUGCCCGGGGGUCGGUGGCAGCAAUGGCGGUGUCGGGAGAAGAGAAGGACCCAAAUAGAGAUCCAUUCCCAAAGGGCCAACUGACCACUGACAGGCCAGGGCCAUCUUGUCCAUGGGUGCAUCAUGGAGAACCCAGCAGCACCAACCUCAACAACCGAGGCACACAGGCUUCAGGAAACUCAGAGCCCGUGGCCAUGAAGAAGGGAGAAGUCAGGCCCCGAGGGCCUGGCCCCUCAGGUGGCCAGAAACCAAGUGACCAUCCCCCAAGACCGAAAAGGCAGCAGCAGCCACGCGGACGGCAGGGCUGUCCUCGGUGUCUGGUGCUACAGAGAGAAAUAGAUGACCUUAAGGAGCAACUUGCCUCCAAGCGGUACCUGGCUGACAAGUUCCAGAUCAUUUGA